GUGAUUUCAGAAUAAUCCGCUAUAAUUCAGUGAGCUAACUACAUAAUUCCUAGGAAGCUAUAGAAGAUUUCAUGAUGGAUGAGGAUUCUGUUGACCCAUCCAACCCGCCUCUCUCCUGCUCCACUGAACUCAACCCCCCAGAGUCACUGGUUCCUGACUCUAACCAUAGUGGCAUUGACAACUGCAGUGAAAUACCCAGAUUUAACAUUGUAGUCAAAGAGGAGGAAGAUGAAGACUGGGAUGUGGAUCAUACCGGAGAGAGUCCUAACUCCAGCUCUAGUGAUGAGGCAUCAGCAGAACCUGAACAACACCAGGAGAAUCCUACAGCUAAGAAGCCUUGGCGAUGCCCAGAAUGUGGAAUAGAGAUCGCUCACCCAUCUAAUAUCAACAGACACCUGAGAACACACACAAAUCCUGCUAAGGAGUCUUCCGUCUGUCCAGAAUGUGGAAAAGACUUUGUUCACCCCUCCAAACUGAAGAGACACCUCCGAACACAUACAGGAGAGAAGCCUUACCAGUGCUCUGUGUGCGGGAAGCGAUUCACACUGAAGCCCCACCUGGAAAGACAUCAGAUGACCCACCCUGGAGAGAAGCAGCCAGACGCGACAAAGAAGCAUCCGUGCUCCGAUUGUGGAAAGGAGUGUUUCUCUGCAUACGAACUGAAGAUGCACAUGAGAAAGCACACAGGGGAGAGACCUCACCAGUGCUCCUACUGCGAGAUGAGCUUUGGCUGUAAGGGAACUCUAUCGAGACACGUACGACGCCAUACGGGAGCACCCACACCAAAACCUUACCAAUGCUCACAGUGUGGGAAGAGAUACGAGUCACCAUCGAGGCUCAGGCAGCAUCAGACUAUGCACACUGGAGAGAAACCUUACGAGUGCUCUGAUUGCGGGAGGGGUUUCACUUGGACCGAAGGUCUUCGCAAACACAAAUGCAGCCAUGCCAGUAACCAUAGCAACCAGCGUACACUGGAAAGUCCAGAUUCGGCGUCAUCAGGCAGUCAAACUAUCAGGCUGAAUAUCAAGAUCGAAGACGAGGAACAGGAGCUGCCAAUUAAUGUCAAAGAGGAGGAGGAGGAGGAAAUUGGUGUUUUCGUCAAUGCUGAUAGAGAGAAACCUUAUCAGUGCACCACCUGUCAGAAGAGCUUCGUUCACCCUAGCUCUCUAGCAAGACACAAACAAUCCCACACUAGUGCAACAAAGUUCCGCUGCUCAGAAUGUGGGAAGGAAUUCAGCCAAUCGUGGACUUUCAAGAUACACAUGCAACAGCACACCGGAGAGAAACCGCACCACUCUCAGUGUGAUAAGAGUUUCUCAGCUUCGGCACGCCUCAGAAGACACCAGAUAGUUCACACUAGGGUGAAACCUUACCCCUGCUCUCUCUGUAGGAAGAGAUUCUCCUCGUCAGCAAACCGAUCCAAUCAAAGACAUCAUGUCCAUGCCAGAAAUGUAGCUGCUUCUUACCUGAACCUAACUCAUGGACAGGGAUCACAACAGCAGGUGUCUGUAGCUGUAGAGGAAUCUGGUCUCAGUCUGGUACCGGAUGUAAAAGUAAAAGAAGAGGAGGAAGAUCCUGCUUUUGCAGAGAGACCUGAUCACUGCUCGGACAGUGAAGGCAGUCCGUCUACAUCAGGACUACCUGAACAACACCAGGAGAAUCACACAGCUAAGAAGAUUCACUGCUGUUCAGUGUGUGGAAAAAACUGUCACAAGUUAUCAAAACUACAUAUACAUAUGAGAACACACACAGGAGAAAAAUCGCACUCCUGCUCUGUCUGUGGGAAGCAUUUCGGUGAGAAAGGUAACCUGAAAAGACACCAGACAGUGCACACAGGAGAGAAGCUGUACAGUUGCUCUGUAUGUGGCAAUAGUUUUGCUUUCCAAAUAAACAUGAGAGAUCACGAGCGAUUACACAUGGGAGAGAAACCUUACUCCUGCUCCGUGUGUGGGAAGAGUUUCUCUUCAUCGUCAAUUCUCACCAAACACCAGAGAACACACACAGGAGAGAAUCAAGUGUCUGUAGCUGUAGAGGAGUGUGGUCUUACACCAGUAUUGGUUAUCAAAGUGAAAGAAGAGGAAGAGGAUCCUGCUUUUGCAGAGAGACCUGACCACUGCUCUGACAGUGAAAUACCUGACCACUGCUCUGACAGUGAAGAGAGUCUCUCUACAUCAGGAGAACCUGAACAAAACCAGGAGAAUCACACAGCUAAGAGCGCUCACUGCUGUUCAGUGUGCGGACAAGACUGCAAAAAGUUAUCAAAACUGCAAAUACAUAUGAGGAUACACACAGGAGAGAAGCCUUACCCCUGCUCUGUGUGUGGAAAAAGAUUGGCAAAGGUUAUCAGACCUUCACAAACACAUGAGAACACACACAGGAGAAAAACCAUACUCCUGCUCUGUGUGUGGGAAGCAAUUCAGUGA